AUGGGAAUUUGUAUGAGUAACUAGAAAUAAAGAAAAGGAAUUUUUUAAAAAGAAGGUGAGCUCGAAUCUAUUGUAAGCUAAAUGAGAACUUCUCCAUGUCCUGAAGAAAUAUUGAAAAAAAGAAUUUCAGUGGAUGCUCCAUAUAAUGCAUACAGAAAUCCAAUUCUAAAUCGUAGAUUGAAAGGGAGUCAAACUUUAACUAGUGGUUAAUGA